GAGGAGGAGCUCAGAGCUGUCGGGCCCCGCGGAUUCAGCAUCCUGGUAGUCCAUUGGGGCCGGAAGUUGUGACGCUUCUGGGAAAGAAUACUUAUAUCUUGUUGACAACCAGUCUGGCUGAUGGGAAGUUCAGAGGAGGGAGGAAUUAUUUUAGGCGGCAGCAGCACCUGGUGCGGGCGACCAUGGGGAAGCGUUACUUCUGCGACUACUGCGACCGCUCCUUCCAGGACAACCUCCACAACCGCAAGAAGCACCUGAACGGGCUGCAGCACCUCAAGGCCAAGAAGCUCUGGUACGACAUGUUCCGAGAUGCAGCUGCCAUCUUGCUGGAUGAGCAGAACAAGCGGCCCUGCAGGAAGUUUCUACUGACAGGCCAGUGUGACUUUGGCUCCAACUGCAGAUUUUCCCACAUGUCAGAGCGAGACCUGCAGGAGCUGAGUAUCCAGGUGGAAGAGGAGAGGCGGGCCAGGGAGUGGCCACCAGACGUCGCCGAGCUCCCUGAGGUCCGCGUGGAGGACUGGCUGGAGAAGAGGGCCCAGCGGCUGAGCUCAGCCCCGAGCAGCAGGGCUGAACCCAUCAGAGCCACCAUCUUCCAGUACCCCGUGGGCUGGCCACCAGUCCAGGAGCUGCCUCCAUCCCUGCGGGCACCCCCGCCCAGGGGGUGGCCCCUGCAGCCCAGCGUCCAGUGGGGCUGAGUCCCUCACCGCUGCCUAGUUAGCCCUCAAGUCAGCCACAAUCAAGAUAAGGGCUUAUACGGUGGACACCCAGGCCCCCUCCUGCUGUGCCCCAUGGAGCAUCUGAAACUAAAGACUGGGCCUGGCCUGGCCUUUCGGAGGCCUAAGCGUCCCCCCCAGCCAGGUGCAGGCCUGGUCCCGGCUCUGCGCCAGGCAGCUCCACCUGCCCACCCCCCACCCCCCACAGGAUAUCUUGAGAAGACUUCCUUCCGGAUGUUUAUAAAGAAAGUCUGUCACCACA